GCACGGGAUCUUCGAAUUUUAGUGUCGUAUAUUCAACAAAAAUCAACGACAAUUUUCUGGGUUUUCGUACCUUCCAUGAGAAAUAUUGUAUUGUUCAUCGGAUUUCCCGGAUUUCAGUUGUAACAUAUCGGCUGUAUAUCCCGGAGUAUAUCUCGUUUAAGUUUUUCUUUGUCAAUCGUAGUUUUGUUACAACUGACUGCCAUGGAAGCCGCCAUUUUGUAAGGUUAGUCCCCGAGAAAAUGAUAAAGAUUUUAUUGCGAUCUGUUCACCUGGGAAUUUUAUAUCAACAAAGGGCCGUUCCACAAAACUUCAAGGUAUCCCACAGAACUGAGUAAGAAAAAAAAACGCAGAAGCUGACAUCCAAACUUGUAUCUGUGCUUUGGACACGUGUAUCUGUCUUGUUGUCGUCAUCAUGUCAAGGUCAUCAGGGUCAGGGAGAGGUGGUCAGAACCCCCAUGGGCUGAAACAGAUAGGUUUGGAUCAGAUCUGGGAUGACCUAAAGUCAGGGAUACAGCAUGUCUACACAAGACAGAGUAUGGCUAAGUCACGAUUCAUGGAGCUAUAUACACAUGUUUACAACUACUGUACAAGUGUACAUCAAUCACAGCAGUCAAGGUCGUCGUCAGCGAAAACUAAGAAGGGCCAAAACAUGGGAGGUGCACAGUUUGUUGGUCUUGAACUAUAUAAAAGGCUUAGAGAUUUUCUGAAGAACUAUCUUGUGAAUCUGCUGAAGGAUGGUACCGAGUUGAUGGAUGAGAGUGUGUUGACCUUUUACACAAACCAAUGGGAAGACUAUCAGUUCUCCAGUAAGGUUCUAAACGGUGUGUGCGCCUAUUUAAAUCGUCACUGGGUACGGAGGGAGUGUGACGAAGGAAGAAAAGGCAUAUAUGAAAUCUACUCUCUUGCUCUAGUGACCUGGCGAGAUAAUCUUUUUAAGCCUCUUAAUAAACAGGUAACUGGUGCUGUUCUGAAAUUAAUAGAGCGAGAAAGGAACGGAGAAACAAUCAACACACGUCUAAUACGAGGUGUCAUAGAUUGCUACGUUGAGCUCGGUUUGAAUGAAGAUGAUCCUACGUCCAAGGGACCCACACUAAAUGUCUACAAAGAUUCGUUUGAAAGUCAAUUCUUGGCGGACACUGAGAGGUUUUACAUGUCUGAAAGCACAGAGUUUUUACGACAGAAUCCAGUCACAGAGUACAUGAAGAAAGCAGAAUCAAGGUUGACAGAGGAACAGCGUCGUGUGCAGGUCUACCUGCAUGAAAGUACGCAGGACGAAUUAGCAAAAACAUGUGAGCGUGUACUUAUAGAAAAACACUUGGAAAUUUUCCAUGCUGAGUUUCAGAAUCUAUUAGAUGAUGAUAAAAACCUAGUGAUGUGUUAUCCUUGUCGUUUAUUACAGGAUCCCAAGCUGUACGUUCAGACUAUACUGGACGUACAUAGGAAAUACAAUGCACUGGUUCUCUCAUCGUUCAACAAUGAUGCUGGUUUUGUAGCAGCUUUAGACAAGGCGUGUGGUAAGUUCAUCAAUAAUAAUGCAGUGACUAAGGCAGCAAACUCAUCCAGUAAAUCACCGGAGUUACUCGCCAGGUACUGUGAUUCACUGUUAAAGAAGAGUUCAAAGAACCCUGAAGAAGCUGAACUAGAGGAUACGUUGAACCAAGUAGACUUGAAUGAACAAUUCAAGAAUCAUUUAAAGAACAGUAAUGAGCCACUGGAUAUAGACUUUACCAUACAGGUCCUCAGCUCAGGUUCCUGGCCAUUCCAACAAUCCUGUACAUUUGUCCUACCUUCAGAGUUGGAGCGUAGUUUUCAGCGCUUUACCACUUUCUACGCUGGGCAGCACAGUGGACGGAAAUUGAUGUGGUUAUUUCAGAUGUCUAAGGGUGAACUUGUUACGAAUUGUUUUAAAAACAGGUAUACUCUACAGGCGUCUACAUUUCAAAUGGCAGUACUACUCCAAUACAACACUUCAGACACCUACUCCUUAUUGCAAUUACAAGAACAUACCCAACUAAAACUGGAUAUCUUACUCCAAGUAAUUCAAAUUUUAGUGAAAUCUAAGUUAUUGGAAUGUGAAGAUGAGGAUGAUUGUCUAACGCAGCAUUCCGUGGUUAAACUAUUCCUUGGAUACAAAAAUAAAAAGCUACGUGUAAAUAUCAAUGUGCCAAUGAAAACAGAACAGAAACAAGAACAAGAAACAACACAUAAACACAUUGAGGAGGAUAGGAAGCUGCUAAUACAGGCGGCUAUAGUUCGCAUAAUGAAGAUGCGUAAAGUACUGAAACAUCAGCAGCUCUUGAGUGAAGUGUUGACGCAGCUGUCUUCAAGAUUUAAACCCAGGGUUCCUGUUAUAAAGAAAUGUAUCGACAUUUUGAUUGAGAAGGAAUACCUGGAAAGAGUGGAUGGCGAGAAAGAUACCUAUAGCUAUCUUGCGUAAUAAGUCGAAUAAUAAUCAUCAAAGCACACAUCCCUUGAGUGCUUAUAUAUAUA